UCAGUAACAGAGUGCCUUGCAGACUGCAGUGCUCUUCUGCUUUGUACUUCAUUGCAUUGCGCACCAUGGCCUCUUCGAUGUCAGUUUUGCUGCUCUUGUGCAUGGCCGCGGUGGCGUCGGCGCAGCUGUCGCCGACGUUCUACGACACGUCCUGCCCCAACGCGCUGUCCACCAUCAAGAGAGCCGUGACGGCCGCCGUGAACAAGGAGAAUCGCAUGGGUGCCUCCUUGCUCAGGCUUCACUUCCAUGACUGCUUUGUCCAAGGGUGCGACGCGUCCGUGUUGCUGGCGGACACGGCCACCUUCACCGGAGAGCAGGGGGCGCUUCCGAACGUGCGAUCGCUGAGGGGCUUCGACGUCAUCGCCAACAUCAAGUCGCAGGUGGAGGCCAUCUGCAAGCAGACCGUCUCCUGCGCCGACAUCCUCGCCGUCGCCGCGCGCGACUCCGUCGUCGCGUUGGGAGGGCCGUCAUGGACGGUUCCUCUGGGGCGCAGGGACUCCACAACCGCCAGCUUGUCUCUGGCAAACAGCGACCUGCCGCCGCCGUUCUUCAACCUCACCAACCUCAUCACCGCGUUCGGCAAUAAGGGCUUCACCGCAACAGAAAUGGUUACCCUCUCCGGGGCGCACACCAUCGGGCAGGCGCAGUGCCAGAACUUCAGGGACCAUAUCUACAACGACACCAACAUCAACCCGAGGUUCGCGGCGUCGCUCAAGGCCAACUGUCCCCGGCCGGCCGGCAGCGGCGACAGCAACCUAGCGCCGCUGGACACGACGACGCCCUACACGUUCGACAACGCCUACUACAGCAACCUGCUGUCGCAGAAGGGGCUCCUGCACUCGGACCAGGUGCUCUUCAACGGCGGCAGCACCGACAACACGGUCAGGAACUUCGCCUCCAACGCGGCGGCGUUCGGCAGCGCCUUCGCGGCGGCCAUGGUGAAGAUGGGGAACCUCAGCCCGCUGACGGGGUCCCAGGGACAGAUCAGGCUCACCUGCUCCAAAGUGAACUAAGAAAUAACUAAUCACCAUGCAUAUACGAACGAAAGUAUUUACACGUCGGAAUAAGGCUAGGUAAGAUCACCUUCUUGAAUGAGAAGGGUGAGAUACUGAGUGGCAUGUAUCGAUCAAUUGAAGCAUAAGAUGCUAUGUAAUCCAAGGGCCUCGUGCAAAGGCAUAUGUAGGAUUCCCUUGCUUAAUUAUGUACUUGUGCCUACUUUUAGGCUAAAAAUGCCCAGUUCAGCAAUUGGCACCAUCAGUGAUCAGCACCUGUUCUGUGAUUUACCAGUACGGGAAGGCUGGAAAAAGUAUUAUCUGCAGUGUGCA